AAAAACAUCUGUUGUCCUCGUUUGUUGGUGAAUAGCCUAUAAAUUAAAUACAUCUCCUAGCUUUUCCUCAAAGAUCUACAUAACCACAGGUGUAGAGGAAGGGCAAUCUGAGGCCCGACUCAAGAGGAGAAGUCGAUAAACAAGAGGGGGAAGCAGGGGUGCAGGACUCAGACUGAGCAGAUGUCAGUUUGGCUGGUUCAGGCUGUCAGCUCAAUCCCACUAUGCUAGCAGGGGGACGAAGGUUCUCUGACUUGGAGAUAUUAGUAGGGAUGGAGGACGAGCAUAAGGACAGCGCCAGGAGCAGAGCUGGGAGCUGCGUGGAGUUUCACAGCCUUAAAAAGAUGAAGACCCUGGCCCAGAGGAGACAGUCGGCUCCCUCCCUGGUCAUCAGCAAAGCACUUACAAGAUCAAGAAGCGCUUCCAGGGAAAGCUGCAUGAUACCAGUCAGCCCGGAGUCCUGUUCCUUAGUCCAGGCUUUCCUAGCUGAAUGUCCCAGCCGCCAGUUUCUGGGUCACGCCCAAACGCAGCUAAAGACGGGUUUGCAAACCCAGGAGAGACACCUCUUCCUCUUCAACGAAACACUCCUCGUUGCUAAGGCCAAAUCUCCCACUCAUUUCAAAGUGAAGAGCCAGGUCAGAGUGUGUGAGAUGUGGACGGCCAACUGCAUGGAUGAGGUGUGUGAAGGAAGCACAAACCCAGAAAGGAGCUUCGUUAUGGGAUGGCCCACCUGUAACUUUGUGGGCACUUUCAGCUCUGAAGAAAUCAAAGACAACUGGUUGGCACUCAUCAAUGGUCAGAUAAAUGAGGGAAAAGAAAAAGACGACCCCAAAACUAUUCCUCUGAAGAUAUUUGCCAAAGACAUUGGAAAUUGUGCAUAUGCCAAGACGCUCGCUGUCAAUAACGGGGACAGCACCGACGACGUCAUCCGAAUGGCUCUGCAGCAGUUCGGCAUAGCAGGUUGUGUAAAAGAUCACCGAUUGUGGGUCAGUUCCUGUAAGGAUGAUCCUCCAUACCCUCUCAUUGGGCACGAGUUUCCCUUUAGCAUCAAAAUGAGCCACAUACGGGAUGGAGGGAGCAGUCCUGGCGGACAUGGAGGGGGACUUUGGAGGGAGCAGCUCAGUCCGUCGGACUGCCCUGAGGUUCUGUUGCUGGACCAGUGCCUUCCCCCAGACACCCAGUGCCAGUUUAUUCUCAAGCCCAACAAAGUGGUACUCGACCCUCCACAGAUUAUAGAACCCGGCCAGCAGAAGACCUUUAAGAGAAAGCGAUCCCUGAUCAACUGGCCUUUCUGGAAGGGUUCCAGCACCCAGCUGGACGGCGUGCCUCUCUCCCCAUCGCUGCUGUCUCCCACUCAAGGACGGCUGUUUGGACAACCUCUGAACUCUGUGUGCCCUUCAGGUCACAGCCUGCCCAAGCCUGUCAUGGAAAUGUUAGUGUUUCUCUAUCAGGAGGGGCCAUACACAAAGGGCAUCUUCAGGCGGUCGGCUGGAGCUAAAGCCUGCAGGGAGCUUCGAGACAGACUGGACAGCGGGACAGAGGAGCCGGAGAUCACACACCAGUCGGUGUUUGUCAUUGCCGCUGUCCUUAAGGACUUCCUCCGCAACAUCCCGGGCAGCAUACUGUGUGUGGAUCUGUACGAGCAGUGGAUGGAUGUGAUGGAGGGGGAUGGAGGAGAGGAGAGGCUGCCAGCUGUUCGGAGGUUGCUCCACCUCCUUCCUAGUGAGAAUCUCCUUCUGCUGCGUCACGUGAUCGCCGUGCUGCAUCACAUACAGGUCAGCGCCCACGACAACCAGAUGAACGCCUUCAACCUGUCCGUCUGUAUUGCUCCCAGCAUGCUUUGGCCUCCGACCCCGAGCACUCCUGAGAUGGAAGGAGAGGCCACUAAAAAGGUGUGUGAGCUUGUGCGCUUCCUCAUAGAGAACUGCAGCAAUAUCCUGGGAGACGUUGCCUCAUUGUUCAAAGACAUCAGCCAGAAGAGCAAUAGCGACCAUGGAUCUGAUGUCUCCUCCUUCCAAAUGAAUGACUCAUGCUACGACAGUCUCGAGAAUGAGCUGAAUGAUGAUCCCGAGUCCCCCUACCAGGAGCAACUGCUGCUUCGUGAAAAAGCCAAGCCGGAAAGCCGCAGCCGAGACUCAGUGAUCACCCUGAGCGAUGGCGACCCUGAGCCUGACCCUGACACCGACCACCUACUGCAGCUUCCACCUCUUGCUAGACCAAGGAGAUUUAGCCCCGCUGUGCGCCAGCCCUGCAGCAGCUCGUCUAAUGGACCCCGAAGGCUCAGGAGAAGUUCUGAGCCUGCCUUGGCUCUAGCAAAUGUUGCAUCCUCUAGUGUUGUGCUGGUUCACACAGAUAACCACCACCAGCCUUUGAGGAAAGCAAGCUAUGAUGCAGCGAUGGAGGGAGAAGGAGAGGAGGAUGAGGUGUUUGUGGAGCAGGGGCUGAACAGACUGCAGCUAAACGAAGAGGAGAAGGACAGGUGUGAUCAGAGAGGACCCAGCGGCGGUCGGAGGAAGACAAAGCACGCGCCGCCGCCUCCGCUGCGGCUGGAUGCCAGUUGUUCCAGUCUGUCGUCACCAGCCACUUCCCCAACAGGAUCCUCCCUCAGCUCUUUAGACUCUGCCUUCUCACAGUACUCCACUGACUAUGCCCUGAAUGGUGCAGCUGCUCCACAGUCGCCCAGAGACUCCCCUCCUCACAGGGACUCCCUCCCUCAUUGGCAAUCAACCGUCCUUCCCCCUCGGGGAAACCAAACUUCCUCCCAAUCACACGGGCUUCACCCAAACACCUGGCUUAAAAAGGACCGCAGCUUGUCUCUACGACAACCUGAUAGUGGACACUUGGAGGACAUGCCCGUGGUAAACGGGAACUCAGCCAGUAGCGGUUCCCUGGUCGCUGUCGACGAUCCCGCAGUGACAAAUAAAAACUGCCAGCGGCGAUCAAGCAGCCCUCCGUCCUACCAACAGGCUCUCAUUCAGCUUCAGCGUAACCGCUCUCCUUUUUACAGAGGGGCGGAGAAACCUCUGACUGUCAAAGAGCUAAGGCAGCUUCAUGACGGGAGCUGCACUCACAAAUACUCCGGCCCAACCUCAUCCGACAAUCCCAAACUGAUGGGAACCGAGGUCUCUCAGAGAGUGUCAGGAAAUGAGAGGGUUCGGCCCCCACAGAGUGUUUUCUAUGGACAGACUCCCACCUCCCUGGUCCUCCAAAGGCCAAAAUCCCACUCUCUUACUCCUACGGUGGAAGGUCACAAAGGAAGGAAGACCCUCCCUCGCCGGGCCUCUGAGCCAGCUAAGGUCUCAGCAACUUCGGACAUCUCCAAGAGCCUUACCCUAGACAGGUCUUUUGGCCACAGAUCUCAGCUGACAGAGAGGCGACGAAAAGCCUCAAACGUGGCGUCCAGUCACUCUAAGACGGAGCUCUGCCUUUCUCCUUCCGCCACUCGGGUGGUGAGGGACUACUUCUCCUCGCAGGGUAAAGCGGACGCUGACUCCUGCCUUCAGAGGAGUCAGGAGGUAGCAGUAGCGAUCGCGCAGGGUAAGAAGGAGUGGCAGAGCCGGCGGUGCAGCGACCCACGACUGGAGGACUUUGAACAGCUUUUCUUUGCCGAAGAGUCAUACGUGUAAAUAAGAACACUGUACAGAUCACCUGUAAAUGGAGGACAUGUUUUUCUAAUGAAAUAUGUUGACUCAUGCGCAGCUGUUUUCAAUACUGGUAUUAUAUUCUCCAUAUUCACGUUGUUUUAUGUUGUAAAGUACACUUGUUGGUACUCAUUAUUUUCAAAAGGUACAGAUACGCAGGUUGAUUAGGAAUGUUUUCCAAAUAUUUAGAAAUUAUUAGAGCUCUGAACAAUUAAUUCAGCUAUAACAGCUUUUCCUUAACCUAUGGGCUAAAUUAGCAGCUUUAUUUUUUUACUUAUAUUCAUGUUUCCAUCUUCCUUCAGAAAAAAAAAACUUUUUUUCUAUUUUGUUUCAUUUGAAACAGUGAAGAAAACAAGUGGAUGCUCUUUUUAUGUUUCUGUUACACAGAUGCUUUUAUUAUGUAAACUACUCCUUUUCUACAGGGUAACGCUUUAUAAGUAUUUUUCAAACUCUUACGGUUAUUUAUUCAAGUAUGCUCGCCUUCCACUCACACACAGCAAGGUGCUUUACUUAGUAACUCUGGUUUGGAAAUAUGUGACCAUGAUCAGAAGGUCAAAAUGAGAGAUCCAUACAUUAGGCUUCUUGAUCGAUUAUCUCUAUGGUUUGUAAAGCUUUGCUGUGCAUACACUGAUAUCUUUGCCUAAUAUUAAUGUUAUUAUCUAGGAUUAAAACAAUUAAUUUGGUGUUUUUAAUUGUCAUUUUUAGCAAAAAAUAAAAAAAUUAAAUACAGUUGAAUCUAAGAGGACUUCCAAACACUAGUUUAGUUUUUAAGGCCAACUUCUUCAUAUUUCCUGCAUCUUUUCGAUAUGUAGAUGCUUGAUAUGUUGCGUUCACUGACAGGAAAAAGAUCAGAUUCUUAAGUUUUGACUCUGGUCAGGUUAAGUAAGGAGAGAGCCCAGUGGCUCCAGGUUUAGCUGGAAAAAAAUAUGCUCUUUUCUUUUAACAGCUAAUUUGUCUGUGCAUCCCUCAUCAAAAUGUGUUUUCAUAUUUACUUUUUUAGCAUUUCUAUAUUUUUAAGAAGAAAUCCACACAAUUUCCCAAGAGUACAGCUGUUUGGGUUUAUAUCCUCUCUGUAUCUAAACAAAAUUUGCCAAAAAUGUCUAUUGAUUGCAAAAAAAAUGAACACAUUUAAACUUUUUAUUACAGCAAAAGAAAAACAUAUGCAUUUAAAUCUGUUUGAAAAGGUUUUAGGACUGUUAUGUGUUUUUAUUUGUUAAAAUAGAAGAAGGGGUCGAUUGUUUUAAGUUUCUUAAAAAGUACUCUAUCCUUGUUUUUUCAUAAAUAUAUAUAUAAUUAACUCCACUACCGUGAAUUGUGUUCAGCCUGUAUAGUUCUGCAUAUUUAUGACACAGAUAUAUGUAUAAAUAUAUAUUAAUAUUAUCUUGAUUCUUUGGGUAAGGU